CUCCAGGGCAACAUCCGCGUCUUCGUGCGCGUGCGGCCGGCGCUCGCCGUCGGCGCCAACGGCUCGGGCACGACGGCCGGGGGCCUCACCUGCCCCGCGGCGCCCGCGGGGUCGUCCGCGGACGCCGUCGAGGUCGCGGAGCUGGUCGCGCCCGGCGGGCCGCCGCGGAAGGCGCGGACGUUCAAGUUCGCCUACGACCGCGUCCUCGACGGCGCCGCGGACCAGGUCGCCGUCUUCAGGGAGGUGCGGCCCUUCGUCCAGUCGGCGCUCGACGGCUACAAGGUCUGCGUCUUCGCCUACGGCCAGACGGGCAGCGGCAAGACGCACACGAUGCUCGGCGGCGGCGGGCCCGCGACGUCCGCGGCGCCGGGGGCCGACGCGGGCCUGCUCCAGCGGAGCCUGCAUUUGGUCUUCGACGGCGUCGAGCAGCUCAAGGCGGCGCAGGGCUGGACCUUCGAGCUCUCCGUCGAGAUGCUCGAGAUCUACCUCGACAAGGUCUACGACCUCCUCGGCGACGGCGGCGAGCCGCAGCCGCGCGCCGUGCGCGACACGGGCGAGGCCAUCGCCGUCGACGGCCUGAAACGCGUCGCCGUGUCCUGCGCGGAGGAGGCGGACCUCGUGCUCGCGGCCGCGCGGAAGCGGCGCCACACGUCCGCGACGAAGAGCAACGACCACAGCUCGCGGAGCCACUGCCUCUUCGCGCUCCACGUCCACGGCGCGUCCGGCGACGGCCGCGAGGUGCGCCGCGGCUGCCUGAACCUCGUGGACCUCGCGGGCUCCGAGCGCCUCGCGGCGUCGGGCUCGAACGACGACCCGAAGCUCCUCAAGGAGGCCCAGUUCAUCAACUCGAGCCUCGCGGCCCUCGGCAACACGAUCUCCGCGCUCACGAGCGGCGAUCGCGCCCACGUGCCCUUCCGCGACUCCAAGCUCACGUUCCUCCUCCAGCCGUGCCUCGGCGGCGACGCCAAGACCCUCGCCAUCUUCAACCUCGCGCCGGAGCUCCAGCACCACAAGGAGACGCUCUGCACGCUCCGCUUCGGCCAGAAGGUC